CCCCCCCCCCCCCCCCCCCCCCCCGAGCAUGUCUCAUAGACGCUCACUGAGGCGUAGGCAACAGCUCUGUGAAGCUACGAAUGGCCUUCCACCGGCGGCGGAAGACCGUCAGUCUGAGGUGUCCAAUGAACAUGCGCCUCCUCUGCCAAUCCAAACGUCUACUACAUCUUGGUCCACAUCGACAUCGACAUCGACAUCGACCAUUCAGAACCCUCCUCCCGCACCUACUUCUCCUCUCUCUCCCAUCUCCCCUUGGCCACCUAUAGAUUCUGGUCCAAGCCAUCGUCAACGACCUCAUUCAAAGUCCAUAGGCCCCCAGGCGGUCCGCCCAGAUACCUCUCGUGUCCUUGAAUCGACGGACGAGCCGGACCACGGUGAAGGUGAAGAAGGCGUACAAGCCGAUAGAGAGCCGGCCGUACCGAGCGCGAGAGAAGUCUACGGGUUCGUAGCCGUCAUUCUUACGUUCCUGGGAUACUGGCUAUACAUCGCUUGGGCAUUCUCACCUCCCAAUUGGUUAGAUUCAAUAGGUUGGACUUGGUAUCCUGAUCGUCAAUGGGCUAUCGUCAUACCGUGUUGGCUCAUGGUCGUUGUACUGUGUACAUAUCUAGCUUAUGGAGGUUUGACAGUUUACAUGACCCCAUCGUUGGACUCCCCGGCCUUCAUAACGGAUCCCUAUUCCAACAUACCAACUCGUGAAUCUCCCACAGACCCACCUUCAGAUGUCUACUCCCGCUUGGUUCGUGGAGAAACGACAGAAGCGGUGGAUAUCCCCAUCGACAUGGUCAAUAGAGUGUUGUAUUCUCGCAGACCUGACAGGUGAAAAUGUAUCGUCUAAACUUG